UUACCUUGGGAAAAUCCUGCCAAUGAGCCAGGUUCCGUACAUUGGAAAUUUUGUUAAGAUUGUUUGUACCAUCAGUAACAGGUACUUGAAAAGUAUUUCUAAUGGUAAUGCUGAAGAUGACCAGAUCCUUGGUACAAAAAUGAUUUACUUAUCAAAGCAAAUCAACACCCUUCGGCAGCAUGUUGAAGAAAACAAAUUGGAAAGACGAUCAGCUUGUUGGGAGGAAAUGGAUGAUAUCACUGACUUUCCAAACCUGGAUGAAGAGCAACUGAGGUCUCUGACAUGUGGCACGUACCAGCUGAAAUUAUCCCCAAGCUAUGCCCAGGAACAUAUUGAAGGAGAUUGUGCCAUUCAUGUCCACAAGGAGGAGCCAGGUCUAGUACGAAUCAGAAUGCAGAGUCGUCAUGUGUCAUCCAGGUCCUACCUUCUGUGGAUAAAGUAUGCAGAGGGUGCAAUAAUUGCAUGGUAUUGUAAGUGUAAGGCUGGUGCUCGUGUUGUUGGCAUGUGUGCACACAUUGCAGCCAUUCUAUGGUAUGUGGGGUAUGCACGGCACCAACCAGCGGGGCGAAUAGGUGUACGUGAUUGGGGGGAGUUCCUGGAAGAUGCCACUUUGGUUGAUGAGUCUGAGAGUUCCAGUGAAGGCAGUGAAAUAGAAGAGUAAAACAGUUGUACCAGAGAAGAUAUUGAUUGCUGAGAGAGAGAGAGAGAGAGAGAGAGAGAGAGAGGAGAAGAUAUUGAUUGCAGAGAGAGAGAGA